GCGUGUGGAUGCCGGAGCGGCGGUGACAGUGUGAGGUUGGAACUGCUCCGCGCAUAGGACCCUGAGCCAGCGGCGACCACAGAAGUAAAUCUGGACUAUCUACACUACGAGGACCCAGAGCGUUUUCUGCACAAUCUCCUGCUCUCCAGCGGCUGUGAGAAAAGACUGUUCUUUUGAAGUGUAGCUUAGGAGGUUGAAUGAGACUGGUUUCCUGUGCUGUCCGCUUGAGAUCCUGGAUUUUUCCUACAUUCAUUCUUUCUUCCCCACAACUUCUCCAGGUUCCUCCUGCUCUGUCCUUCUUCACAUCACCAUGUCCUCUAGCCUUCAUUCACUUAGCUUCACCCUGCGUUUAAGUUUUCUCCUGGGCUCCGUCUUAGGCUUGAGCUUAGGACUUGAAUUUAUGGGGCUGCCCAACCAAUGGGCUCGCUACUUGCGUUGGGAUGCCAGCACCCGCAGUGACCUCAGCUUCCAGCUCAGGACCAACGUUUCCACCGGCCUUCUGCUCUACUUUGAUGAUGGAGGUAUCUGUGACUUCCUCUGUCUUACUCUGGCAGACGGCAGAGUCCAGCUGCGCUUCAGUAUUGAUUGUGCUGAAACCAUGGUGUUAAGUGACAAGAAGGUCAAUGAUGGUGGCUGGCACUUCCUGAUGGUCAGUCGUAACAGGCUGAGGACCACACUGGUUCUAGAUGGAGAAGCUAAGCCUGGAGAGGUCCGACCACAGAGGCAGCACAUGAAUAUUGUCAGCGAUCUCUUUGCAGGUGGCGUCCCAGGGGAUAUACGCCCAGAUGCUCUAACGCUCGGCUCUGUCAGGGACCUACCUAUGUUCUCUGGAUAUUUACUUGACCUUGAGUAUGGCAAUUCUGAACCAAGGCUCCUGGGGAGUCACGGUGUCCGCUUGGAUAUGGAAGGGCUCUGUACUGAUAAUCCAUGUGAGAAUGGAGCAACCUGCCUACUGCUGGAUGGUGAGCCCACCUGUGACUGUACGGCAACUGGAUACGUGGGCAAGUUCUGCUCAGAAGCAAGAGAGGAGAACGUGGCCACGUUCCGGGGGUCUGAAUAUUUAUGCUACGACCUGUCCCAGAAUCCAAUCCAGAGCAGCAGUGAUGAAAUCACCCUGUCCUUCAAAACCCGGCAGAGAAAUGGACUCAUCCUCCACACCGGCAAAUCCGCAGACUAUGUCAACCUGGCGCUGAAGGGCGGCGCUGUCUCCCUGGUCAUCAAUCUAGGCUCCGGUGCCUUUGAGGCCAUAGUGGAGCCAGCCAAUGACAAGUUCAAUGAUAAUGAAUGGCACGACGUGAAGGUGACUCGGAACCUGCGCCAGCACUCAGGCAUUGGACACGCUAUGGUAAACAAACUACAUUGUCUGGUGACCAUAUCGGUGGAUGGGAUCCUGACCACAACUGGUUAUACCCAGGAGGAUUACACCAUGCUGGGAUCUGAUGACUUCUUUUAUGUAGGGGGAAGCCCAAGCACUGCCGACCUACCAGGGUCCCCUGUCAGCAACAACUUCAUGGGCUGUUUGAAAGAGGUUGUAUAUAAGAACAAUGACAUCCGCCUGGAGCUUUCUCGCUUAGCGAGGAUUGGAGACACCAAAAUGAAGAUCUACGGAGAUGUGGUCUUCAAGUGUGAGAAUGUGGCCACUCUGGACCCUAUCAGCUUUGAGAGCCCAGAGGCCUACAUCAGUCUCCCCAAGUGGAACACCAAGAGGAUGGGCUCUAUUUCGUUUGAUUUCCGCACCACAGAGCCCAAUGGCCUCAUCCUCUUUACCCACGGGAAGCCACAGGAUAGAAAGGACAUCAGGAGCCAGAAGAACACAAAGGUAGACUUCUUUGCAGUGGAGUUAUUGGACGGGAAUCUCUACCUGCUAUUGGACAUGGGCUCAGGGACCAUCAAGGUGAAAGCCACCAGCAAAAAGGCAAAUGACGGGGAAUGGUGCCACGUAGAUAUCCAGCGUGACGGCAGAUCAGGAACCAUCUCUGUUAACAGCAAACGCAGUCCGUUCACCGCCAGCGGGGAAAGUGAGAUCCUGGACUUAGAGGGGGACAUGUAUUUAGGGGGACUUCCAGAAAACCGCGCUGGGCUCAUAUUGCCCACUGAGCUGUGGACCGCCAUGCUGAAUUAUGGCUAUGUGGGGUGCAUACGUGACCUGUUCAUUGACGGACGCAGUAAGAAUAUUCGGCAGCUGGCAGAGGCGCAGAACGCAGCAGGGGUGAAAUCCUCCUGUUCCCGGAUGAGUGGCAAACAGUGCGAUAGUUACCCCUGUAAGAACAACGCUGCCUGCAGAGAUGGCUGGAACCGAUUUGUGUGUGACUGCACUGGCACUGGGCACUGGGGCAGAACAUGUGAAAGAGAGGCCUCGGUCCUCAGUUAUGACGGCAGCAUGUACAUGAAGAUCGUCAUGCCAGUGGUCAUGCACACAGAGGCCGAAGAUGUAUCUUUCCGCUUUAAGUCUCAGCGGGCCUACGGGCUGCUGGUGGCCACCACCUCCAGGGAGUCCGCCGACACUCUGCGGCUGGAGCUGGACGGAGGCAAAGUGAAGCUCACAGUCAACUUAGACUGUAUCAGGAUAAACUGUAACGCCAGUAAGGGUCCAGAAACUCUUUAUGCUGGGCAGAAGCUGAAUGAUAAUGAGUGGCACACUGUCAGAGUGGUCCGCCGAGGGAAGACCCUUAAACUAACAGUGGAUGAUGAUGUAGCAGAAGGUACUAUGGCGGGUGACCACACCCGCCUGGAGUUCCACAACAUUGAGACUGGAGUGAUGACAGAAAAACGCUUUGCCUCUGCUGUGCCCUCAAGGUUCAUUGGGCACCUCCAGAGCCUUAUGUUCAAUGGUCUUCUCUACAUUGACCUGUGCAAGAACGGAGACAUAGACUACUGUGAGCUGAAAGCGCGGUUUGGCAUAAGACCUAUCAUUGCUGAUCCUGUCACCUUCAGGACCAAGGCCAGCUACCUGACCCUUUCCACCCUGCAAGCCUACACUUCCAUGCACCUCUUCUUCCAAUUCAAGACCAUAUCACCAGACGGCUUCAUUCUUUUCAACAGCGGCGAUGGCAAUGACUUCAUCGCGGUGGAGCUGGUCAAGGGGUACAUCCAUUAUGUGUUUGACCUUGGGAAUGGCCCCAACGUCAUCAAAGGGAACAGCGAACGCCAACUCAACGACAACCAGUGGCACCACGUAGUGAUAACGCGCGACAACAGCAACACGCAUACGCUGAAGGUCGAUGCCAAGGCCGUGACGCAGGUUAUUAAUGGCGCAAAGAAUCUGGAUCUGAAAGGUGACUUAUACAUUGCUGGCUUGGCGCAGGGCAUGUACACCAACUUGCCUAAACUGGUGGCAUCACGUGACGGGUUUCAAGGCUGCCUAGCCUCCGUGGACCUCAAUGGACGACUACCUGACCUGAUCAGUGAUGCCUUGCACCGCAGCGGCCAGAUCGAGCGUGGAUGUGAAGAUGCUUUGACCAAAGCUAAUCUACAAGGUCCUACAACAACCUGUCAGGAGGACUCCUGCGCAAACCAAGGUGUCUGCAUACAGCAGUGGGAGGGCUUCACCUGUGACUGCUCCAUGACGUCCUACUCGGGGCCACAGUGCAAUGACCGUGAGUACAAUCAUAUCCAUAGAACAUUCCAUCUGAAUCCACGUUCUACACUAGUGCUGAGGAAAGACGUUCAACCAUCCUGGCUGAAUCAGAGAUCACAUUUCAUGUGUUACAGACAAAGUACCAGCCAAUCAGCCCCUUCAUUUUUCAAGCACACCCUGUAA